GUUCGUUGUUUUUCGAAAAACUUCCCGAAGUACACACGUACACAGUGGUGGGGCUAAAGAGAGUGAACAAAAUAUACUUAUCGCACUUUAAUUUAACUGUGGGCAUCAGUUCUGGAAGUUCUUCGAAAAGGAAUAAGCUUAGUAGAUCCGAAACCGAAAUCUGUUUACCGAUGUUCACAUGACAGAAAUUGAUUAAACAACGUAAUGAUGAUCUCCAGAUACCUUUGGCUAUCGCUGUUAUUGAUGAUCGUGUACUUCUUAUAUUCGCGCGGCUUUAUCGAGGAGAUCAAGUCCCACUUGACGGAAAGAACGUUAAAUAUAGCUGACACGAUAUAUUUCGGAUUAAAUGAAAAUUCUGGCGGACCAAAGGUGUUCACUAUGAACGAAUUGAAGCGACAUACGAAUCUGGAGAAUGGCUUGUAUCUCUCGAUCUUGGGCCAAGUCUUUGAUGUAACGAAAGGGGAAAAGCAUUACGGACCUGGAGGAACUUAUCACGCCUUCACUGGCCGUGAUGCUUCCUUAGCAUUUAUUACUGGAGAAUUUGACGAUCAAGGUUUAACGGACGACAUAUCAAGUUUAUCGCAGCGACAAGUCAAGGCAUUGGACGAUUGGCUACAAUUUUAUAACGCAAACUACAUCUACAAAGGAAAAUUAUAUGGUAGAUACUAUAAUCAAGAUGGUAGCCCGACUGCAGAAUUUCGCAAGGUACAAGAAAAGCUAUUGCUUGCUAAAAGGGAGAAAGCAAUGGAGGAGAAACAGGAAAGGAUGUUUCCACUUUGUAAUAUAGAAUGGAAUCGGGAUACUGGUACUGUGUUCUGGUGUACUGAAAAAAGCGGUGGGAUUGAAAGAGAUUGGACGGGUGUACCAAGAAUAUUGUUCGAGACUGCAGGCGCGCAGGGCUCAUCGUCUAGGUGUGCUUGCGUUAACCUGGAUAGUAAGGAAUACGAAGAUAAUAAAGCUAGAUUGAGCGAAUACGAUGGCUGCGAGAAAUACGCGACAAAAUGCGUUUUGAGGAAUAAGACAUGACAUGAGAAAGUAUUAUGCAGUGUCUUUAUCUGCAGAAUUUCAGAUAUAUUCAUAUUUUAUAUUUUAUAUAAUAUCACAAUGCGAAAAUACAUAGAUUUAAGUUAUUAACUUUAUAUAAUUUUGUAUUCAUUACGGUUAACGCCUUUUAUGAAAGUACAGAUAAAUACAAUAUUUUGUAUAAAACUCAGUGAUACUAGCGCUAAUAUUAAAAUAGAU